AUGUCUUCGCACCCCGGCUGGACCGCCUACGAAUAUUACCCCUCAAUAGGCACAGCAGUGGUAUUCAUCAUUUCAUUUGCAAUUGUCACUUUGAUGCACACAUUUCAUAUGUUCCGCACGAGAACAUGGUUCGUCAUCCCGCUCAUGAUUGGCGGAUACUCUAUUUACCACCUCAUACCCAGAUCCAAGCAAAAUCCAGACUUCUCCAGAACUAAUUCCCCCCUCAAAAACUCAGUCGAGCUAGUUGGGUAUAUCGGCCGCGUCAUGUCAUCCAAAGAAUCGCCUAAUUGGACCAUCGGACCCUAUGUUAUGCAGAGCACAUUACUUCUCAUCGCGCCGCUAUUCGCAGCCAGUAUCCACAUGGAAUUGAGUCGGAUUAUCGUUAUAGUCAAGGGGGAGCAGUUUGCUCUGAUUCGGGUUGACUGGAUGACGAAGAUUCUCGUUACGGGUGAUCAUGUCAUCAUCAGCGGCCUCAUCGUGCAAAUCGUGCUCUUCGGCUUCUUCCUGAUUAGUGCGGUCGUUUCCCAGAAGCGCCUAGACUCUCAUUCCGAAUGUCUUGCGGUGGCUGACCAGUACCCAUGGCGCAAGCACAUGUGGGCGUUGCAGUCAUCCAUCAUCCUUGUUCUCAUUCGAUCCAUCAUCCGUGUCGUGGAGUACUCCCAGGGCACGAAUGGUUAUCUCACGGAGCAUGAGGUUUUAAUAUGUGUCUUCGAUGGAAUGUUGAUGUUAACUCUGUUGGUAGUUUUCGCUAUCAUUCACCCUAGCGAGGUGAAGUAUCUUCUUGGCAGAGGAAAAGUCGUAACCGCUAUGGGUAGGCUGAAGGUCAUGGAGUGCUCAAACGAGGCUUGGCGGAUUAGGUUCAAGAUUAGUUGUGAUGAUUUUUGA